GCUAAGGUUUAGUGAUUGUACUAGUUGUCACCAGCGAUACGAGUAAUCACUGGAAGCAGAUGGAAUGGCGAUUUUGUUUACUAUUUUUCUGGAAAGUGACAGUUACACAUCCACGUAAUUCACAUGUCAUCCUGACAUUUCAUUUGCAUCAAAAAAUUCAAAACAAAAAUAUUUGUAAAAUGCAGGGAAAAUGAAACUAUGAUUCCAAGUAAUGUUGCGAUGAAUGAAGAGAAAACGCAGUUUCCCCUAGUUUUAAUCAGUAUGUCCGUGAUUUCUGAUUUGAAUUGAUAUUACUGAUAUAUUGUAAAAAUCAUGGAUCUCGACUUUAAGAAUCUUAUUGCCACAACAGCAUCUUUAUGCACGAUAAUCCAAUUUUUGACUGGGACAUUGGUAUGCCUCAAAAUAGUAAAAAACAAAAGCACUGCUGACAUGUCAUCACUGCCUUUCAUCAGUGGAUGUUUAUCAACAAGCCUGUGGUUAAGAUAUGGAUUUCUUAUUGAAGACACAUCCUUAAUAUUAGUUAACACUGUUGGGUCAACAUUAUUUUUUUCAUAUGUAGUUACUUUUUACCUAUACAGUGUCAGAAGGGGUACAGUAUUACAACAAUUUAUGUUAUGCCUAUUUGUAUUAUCAAUGGUGCUAUUAUACAUCCACAAAACAAAAAGUGAUGAAGAGGCUAGAUCUCAUUUAGGCCUGAUAUGUGCUUCAGUCACUAUCAUGUUCUUUGCUGCACCUUUAGCUUCACUGUUCCAUGUUAUUAGGAUCAAAAGUGCUGAUAGCUUACCUUAUCAUUUGAUACUUGCCACCUUCGUUGUAUGUUUACAAUGGUUUGCUUAUGGCAUGAUGUUGAAUGACAAAUUCAUUCAGGUGCCCAACUUCAUAGGAUGUAUAUUUUCAGCAUUACAAUUGAGUCUAUUUAUAAUUUACCCUAAUCCCAAAGAUAAAAAAGAAAUGACCAGUGUUGUAUAGUGAAUAAAAGUACCACAAUGGAGACUGCUGCACUGUAACAUGGAGCUGUGGAAGUAUUUUUAAUGUUAUUUAUUAUAGUUAAUCAUUCUGACUAGAAUCAUAUUCUUUGAAAUAUUUGUUUGUUUAUUUUUAUCAUAUGCUUAGUACAAAAUAGAUACUUAUAGUAUAAAAUUGUCUAUAGUUGUAGUCACCGUUCUUGUCAGGUAAAUGUAAGACUACCAGUAUCCCUUUAUAUAUCCCCAUACAUACACAUGCAACCUACCCCUGUGAAUGUUUUUUAGUUGUGUGCCUCUGUCUCGAAAACUUUGUC